CAUUUUUAACGACCUUCAGUUAAACCCUGGAGCUGAACCCUGAUUUGGCUUACCAAUACCAAUCGGCGACGGCAUCGGCAGUCUCUCCUCCCGCCGAUGAACUAAUGUUGGCCGUCAGAUUCUUUUCCUUUCCUUCACCUCUACAGGUCCGCCGCUACAAACCGGGCUACCCAUCGUUCUUCCCCACCUCCUUACUUUCUUCACCUUCACACUCUCGCAGCAUCAAACCAGAUACAUCUUGUGUCUUCUCCCUCAUUUUUACCUGCCACGCCCACUCUAAAGCAUCAGAAGCCCCCAUUCUGUAUAAUUACCUGAUCGAAACCUUGAAAUUUCCCAAACCCAAAGCCCUAAGUACCUGCAGGCGUCUGCGAUGGAUCAAAACCCUCGAAAAGCCCGAAUCCGUCAUCCUCUAUCUCAAAUCAAUUGGAUUCUCAGAUGCGCACAUCCAAUGCUUAGCGUACGUCGCGCCUCAGCUUCUUUCUGCGGACGUUGAGAAGACGCUGAAACCCAAAAUCGAAGUGUUCCAAGAGCUUGGCCUCUCCGGCCUCGAUCUGGGACAUUUCAUCUCCAAGCAGGCCUUUCUGUUAACUCGUAGUUUGGACACGGUGAUCAGGCCAUGCAUUGCUGUCAUUAAGGACGUGCUUGAAGACGAUGCGGACAAUCAUAAACUGUUUUUGGUCUUGCGAAGGUGUCUUUGGAUCGUUUCAAAAAGCCCGGAGGUAAGGUUACUCCCCAAUGUUGAAUAUUUGAAGAGUUGUGGGAUUGAGGGGACCCAGCUAGCGACUCUUUUUAGGAGGCAGCCUAGUAUCUUCGCGCUGUCAUUGCCGAAGCUCAAAGAACUGGUUUCCAGGGUUGUGGAAUUGGGAGUUUUGACAGAUUCAAGGAUGCUAGCCCAUGGCCUUCAUUCGCUUAGUUGUAUUAGCAGUGAGACAUUCAAGAGGAAAUUAGGGCUUUUUAAGAGUUACGGCUUCUCAGAGGAGGAGUGUAUGAGAAUGUUUAGCAGAUCUCCGGCUCUGCUUAGGACUUCAGAGCGUAAGAUUAGGUUUGGGGUUGAUUUUUUCUUGAACACAAUUGAAUUAGAGAGGUCUUUAUUAAUAGCUCGGCCUUCUGUAUUGAUGUUGAGCAUGGAAGAGCGAGUGGUUCCCAGGUACCGGGUUUUGAAUCUUUUGAAGGCCAAAAAGCUUUUGAAGAAGGAACCCAGCUUUUUUGAAGCCUUGUCUUCAACAGAGGGGUGUUUUGUGGAAAAAUAUAUUGCAAAGUUCCCUGCAGAGGCAGAAGAAUUACUGUCCGCUUACAAGGCUCAUCUUCUGGCUUAAUGUUAACUGCAUAAUCUUGUCAUUUUGUAAGCAACAUUUUUUUGCUUUUGAUCCAGAUCAAUUAGUUCUCCUUUUGUUUUUUAAUUUCUGAAAUUCAACAACUUACAAUAGAAACAAGUCCAAUCUAAAUUUUCCUUUCAGGAAAAUUUGCAUCCUAUAUUAGUGUUGACUCUUUCUGUUCAGAUUCUGACUCUUAGAGCCUGUUUGAUGGACGAUUGGAAGGUUUAGCC